UAAUUAUUCGUAAAUCGACAAUGUGGAGCAGUUAUGUGUUAAGUGGUGUACAAAUGAUUCUCUUUAUUUAGCUCACUCGAUCGAGAUCUCCUUAGUUUCAGCAUCAUCUUUCACUCUCUCACUCGCAAACACACCAAUACGAAGCAUAAUAGUGGAAUAAGAAAAAGAAAGUGGAAGUUAGGGAUGAGAGAUUACCUUCCAAAAUACUUGAACGCCUUUCUCUUGGCAUUUGCCACUUUCGCUGUUGUAUUUGCCAUUUUCAUUGCAAAGGAUCCAAAUACAUCUCACCAUCUUUAUUUCUCAACAUCAUCUUCUUCACUAUGGACCUCUUCCUUUUCCUCCGCCUUCAUCACGGAAAAAAGGAAGAGGAACGGAUCAAAUCCAGGUUCUUUAUCCUGGAAAAGAGACAAGAAAGUAGAAGCGGAAUUAGCAACCGCGAGGGCGUUGAUCAGAGAAGCCCAACUAAAUCCUAAUUCUACAACAUCAUCUCCUCUAAGAGAUGAAGACUAUGUUCCUCAUGGCGAGAUUUAUCGGAACCCUUAUGCAUUUCAUCGAAGCUAUCUUCUUAUGGAGAAGAUGUUUAAGAUAUACGUUUAUGAAGAAGGAGAUCCACCAAUUUUUCACUAUGGUCUUUGUAAAGACAUAUACUCCAUGGAAGGAUUGUUGCUAAACUUUAUGGAAAACGAUGUUCUUACAUAUCGGACCCGAGAUCCAGACAAGGCUCAUGUCUACUUCUUACCUUUUAGUGUUGUCAUGAUUCUUCACCACCUCUUCGAUCCCGUUGUUCGAGACAAGGCUGUCUUGGAACGUGUCAUCGUCGACUAUGUUCAGAUUAUUUCCGAGAAAUAUCCGUAUUGGAACACAAGCGAUGGUUUUGAUCACUUCAUGUUGUCUUGCCAUGACUGGGGACAUAGGGCAACAUGGUACGUAAAGAAGCUAUUUUUCAAUUCCAUAAGAGUAUUAUGUAACGCCAAUAUAUCAGAAUAUUUCAAUCCGGAGAAAGAUGCUCCAUUUCCUGAAAUCAAUUUACAAACCGGAGAAAUCAACAACUUAACCGGCGGUUUAGACCCGAUGUCUCGUACAACACUGGCUUUCUUUGCUGGACAAUCACAUGGAAAAAUUCGUCCGGUUCUUCUAAACCACUGGAAAGAAAAGGACAAAGACAUUCUGGUUUACGAGGACCUACCGGGCGAAUUAGAUUACAAAGAGAUGAUGAGGAAAAGCCGGUUUUGUAUUUGUCCUAGCGGCCACGAGGUGGCUAGUCCGAGAGUACCGGAGGCGAUAUAUAGUGGAUGUGUACCCGUUCUUAUCUCGGAAAAUUAUGUUUUACCGUUUAGUGAUGUUUUGAAUUGGGAGAAAUUUUCGGUAUCGGUAUCGGUUAAGGAAAUACCGGAACUAAAAAGGAUAUUGAUGGAUAUACCGGAGGAUCGGUACAAGAAGCUAUACGAGGGAGUGAAGCAAGUGCAGAGGCAUAUAUUGGUUAAUGAUCCUCCAAAGAGAUAUGAUGUGUUUAAUAUGAUUAUACAUUCUAUUUGGUUAAGAAGAUUAAAUGUUAAAUUGUUAUGAUUAAAUGUUUAAUCUGAUUAUAGCACUCAUUUGUGACAAUUUUCCAAACCCCAAUCGAUUGUUAAUUUGUAAUCAUACGCCACCAACCUCCAGAAGUUGAAAAAUGCUAAUUAUAGCAUAAGUUUAAACCUAA